AUGAUUGCUUUGCUCAUUUCUCUCCUCUGGCUGCUUCCAGCAGCGAUGGGCUUAACCCCCUAUCAGUUGCCACGAGACGCCGCUGACUUUCACCAGCGCAACUUCGACACUAUCAGCAAGAUAUACAACCUGAGCACCUAUCCCAAUAACCAGGCUUUUCUAAAGGACGGUGCAGCAGCUGUACCUAGUGGCCUCUUCUCAAAGGACGUUAUCGGCAGAGUCACCCCGCUGGGUAACUUCAGUGGUAUCGAUGACACUGUCGAAUACUUCUUCGCCCUGACCCCCGACCCAUCUCCACCAAGUUACGCCACAUGGACAAAUGACACCAUCACUCACUUCGUGUCCGAGUGUCCGGAGGUCGCGGCGACCGUGGUCUACGGCAGGACGAUGGGUGUGAACGCCUCGGUUCCCUCUACCUACCAGAAGCAGGUUUCGACGAUCAAGCAGAUUGCUUUCUGGCGCUUCGACGACACCGGUGCCGUGCUGAAGUACGACGCUUGGCUGCCGACACUGCAGCAGUGGUGGAACACGACCCACGACGUCGCGCACUACCCGAUUGACGAGGUGCUGGUCCGCCAGCAGCUUUGUCAAACCACCCAGGUCCAGUGCACCGGAGCUGACAAGCAAUGGGACUCUGUCGACCAGUGUGUCGCCACACUGAGCCAGAAGCCCAUGGGUAACUUUGACAAUCUGUGGGGCGAUAAUAUUUGGUGCAGGGCUUUGCACGUCCGACUGACCCCGAUCCGACCUGAUGUUCACUGCGCUCACGUCGGCCCCAAUGGAGGAGGCAAGUGUGUAAACAUCGCUUACAACGAUGCCUACUUUGACGAUGAGGCUUUGUUUGGCGAGCCACCGGGAGAUACUUUUGUCUGUCACAAGGGCAGUGGAUCCUAG